AUGAGACCUAGAAGGGAACCUGGAUCGUCGUCCUUCUCAAGGACAAUGAGGUAUGCACUGAGAAAUGCACAAGGUCUCGCAGCAGACAGCAGUGCCAGUGAAGCUGACACUGCUCAAACUGGCUUUGACCUAGCCAGUAAUGAAGAUGUGUACUCAGAAGAUGCUGAAACAUCGGCAGGCACUGAGGUGCCUGCCACAAACAUUGCCAACCAUGAGGUUGUACCUCAAGGGCCUGAGGAUUCCCCAGGUACACAAAGUCCAGGCUCUGCAGUGCCUGAACCUUCCCCUACUGCAAGAGGCAUGUCUCUAGGGCCCGUUGAUUCCCCAGAUGCAUCUAAAACGCAUUCACCUCAACCCAUAGAGGUGAUGACUCGGAUGCUUGAGGCAUUCCAGGCAAAAAUGGAUCAGCAAUUCGAGUCCCAAGCGGCCAACUUCCGCCAGCUGUCUUAUUCUCAGAACAGGAUCGAACACAGAUUAACUGCGGUCGAAGAACAACAAAAAAGUCAUUCACGCUCUGGUUCCAACCAGAGCGAAUCCAGCCCCACUGUGCCCAUCACAGACACAGUCCCCCUAAGGCCUCCAACCACCUUAGGGAUAUGUGAUGAAAAUAGCACAACCAAAACCGCAUCAGUUCCUUCAGAACCAUCGCAGCCCCCUACCAAUUUGUCUCCUCCCAAGGAGACAGACCGUCAAAACCCCCUGGUAGUUGAAAAACCACCAACUACCUCAAUGCAUGUCAAUUAUGAUAUGCAUUCUAGGAGGAAAAGAGCUCUGCAUGAUGGGGUGCAGAGCUCCAAUACAAACGACAGCGCUAGCUUCGCUAGUGCCUGUCCUCCUGAUCUCCCACCCAAUCCAGGACAGAUUGGCAUUUUCGACACGCCUCCUGGGCCCUCUGAGGGCCCUGACGCGUCGAAUCCAAAGAAAUAUGGCACUGCAGAUGCCCCAGGCUAUGCAGUACCGUCUCAACUUCCUGAGGAGCCAUCUAACACGCCUCCAGGGCCUAAAAAGCCCGUUGACAUGCUGGAUCCUCCUGUACCCGACAUAGUCGGACUUCUACCCACUCCAAGACCACAAAAGGGCCUUGGCACACCUUUGCAAACUGCUGAAAGUGGCAGUUUUCCAACGAUUAUGUGGCCCUCAGAAGCCACGAAUGGCCAACUCAAAAGAAUUGUGCUGGCCAUAAUGGGUCUCACAACCCGUUUCAAUGUGUCACAAAUAGAGAUGUGGGAAAAGAUGGAUGAAAUCCAUCAAAAACUAGCUGACCUCAGUAAGGGCCCGGUUAUCAUUCACGAUUCCCAGGUUCAAUAUGAGGCAGUUCCAGAUGAGCUGAGAGAAAACUCUCAGCACCCUCGCUCUGAAUCGGCUAGAAGCCGAUUAUUGACUAAUGCCUUGGGAGGUACUAAACCCUCCAGCUGCCUCAACCUCACGUGUUAA